UAGGUUGUGAGGGCCAAUUCAUAUACUCAUCUCUUGAAUUCUGUUUUGCUUUUUAUUUUGUUUCUCAAGAUAUAAGGGAAAAAGCAAACAAAAAAGCAUGCUGUUACAAAAAUUAUGUUUCAAAUACCCUGCUCUUAGAUUUAGUCAUAAAGUUGAAAAAACUUUGAGCAGGUUAUUUAGUGUUAGUUAUACUUCAUCAAUGGAGGACACGCUUCUGAAGGACUAUGAUGAUCAGCAGGUACAAUUGAUGAAAGAGCCAUGCAUUCUUGUGAAUGAUCAUGAUGAAGUUAUUGGAACAGCUUCAAAGAAAUCAUGUCAUCUUCUGAGUAAUAUAAAUAAUGGAAUGUUACAUAGAGCUUUUAGCGUCUUUCUUUUCAGUAGCAAGAAUGAACUUCUUCUUCAACAGCGGUCUGACGCAAAGAUUACAUUCCCGGGUCUUUUUACAAACACCUGUUGUAGUCAUCCAUUAAAUGUUGAUUUAGAGAUGGAGGAAAAGAAUGCAAUGGGAGUCAAACGUGCGGCACAGCGUAAACUUUUCCACGAGCUUGGCAUCACUCCCGAGCAAAUCCCGUUAGAUACUUUUAAAUACCUGACUCGCAUCCGAUACAAGGCAGUUAAUAUACCGGACGACAAGAAAUUUGGAGAAAAUGAAAUAGAUUAUGUUUUGAUCAUUUGUAAGGACGUUGAUUUAAGCAUAAAUACCAACGAGGUGAAGAGUAUCCAAUACGUUACGAAGGAGGAGCUCAAAGAGCUUAUAAAAUCAUGUGAGAUGGGGAAUGUAGUGUUGACACCAUGGUUUAAGCUGAUUUGUGAACAUUUUUUGUUUCAGUGGUGGGAUAACCUAGAUAAUUUGAAGAAGCUAGAAGAUCAUAAGAAUAUACAUGACUUUACAGAUAAAGUUUGAUGUGAAUUUACUUACGUCUAAUCAGUAUAUGUCACACCUUUAUAUGGUCAUCAUAGGAGUAACAAUGGAGGCAAAAUUUUGAUCAUUAUUAUUUAUCUUUAUAUUAUAUCAUCUAAUUUUUGUAAGGAUAUAUAUGUACAAUAUAUUUCAAGGAAUAUAAAUGAAUAUACUGUGCAAAAUAGAAAUAAAACAUGUGUUUGAA